AUGCCUCCCUUCGACGGCCCAAAUGCUACAGCUAUUGCCACGCUGCAGAAGAGGAUCAUGUCGCUGUCCGGUCAAGCACCUGUGUUUUCUUCGUCUGCUGAGAUAUACCGUGACUUAUCAUCUAACUCGAACGAACCAUCACUGGAUGUUCGAAUUGAGGCGGCUAUGAAACUUGCUGAGAAAUGUGCGUCUACUCGUGAGAACAUAAAAUUGGGCGAAGAAUUUGAAGAGUUAGAUAUCCAAGCCACCAGGUUGUGGAAUCUAUCAACCACACUUACUAGAGUUAAAGAAGAUGGGGAUAGUUCCCUUUCAUCAAAGGGGAAGGAUGUUCUCCAUGUCCGGCUCUUGGCUUUUUUCAUGCUGGAUUGUUCACACCCAUCCUCCACUCGGAAGCUUCAAAAUACUAUCCGACUAUUUAGAGUGGCUGUCAAAGCAGGGAAAACAUGUCUAGAUCAACAAGACGUCAAAUGGGCAUGGAAAACUAUGGAAAGGGCCGCAAAGUACCAGGAGGACCUCACCAAGGCGUGUGAUUCUCCUGAAUUCAAGCCGGAAGAUCAGCAGACGCGCAGCAGGUUGUCUUGCGACUAUUUCACUCUCCGGACCGUGUUGGCAUGGAGGCAGUCGAAUCUCUCAAUGGCAGAUUACAUGUACAGUAAGGCAAAAGAACAACAGCAGUCUCUUCUUGAUCCGCGGAUGUCCGAGAACUUGAUUGAUGCACUAUACGAGAUUGGAAAUGAGCUACUACAACAAAGUGUUUUUGACGCAGCUACAAAGUGGUUACAAAGAUCCUUUGAUGUGAUUAGUGAAAUGGAUCCCAUAUCUCUUUCGGAGAGUGGUGCGGAACUUCGUUUGGCUGUCAUGCAUAGUCUUGCUAGGGCAUAUCUUGCGCAUGCCACGGAGGGAAGUUUGGAUAAAGCUCGGAAUGUUAUCGAUAUGAUGAAUGAAGACUGGCCAACCCGCCUUACCGUCUACCUGCUCAGAUUAGACUUGGUUAAUGCCGAAAGCCCAGAUAACAUGCAGAGCUACAGUGAGGUCCUUUCCAGGAUGUUGUCUAUUGUCGAACUUACAGAGCAUUCUUUCAAAAUAAUAAUGGGGAGGAUUCAUGUGCUUGUUUCAAAGAAAGACAUUCGUCUCGCAUGCAAAUGCCUAGAUGAGCUCCUUAUCAAACGUAUUCUUGUUCUAGAGCGAGAUGACUGGAUAGAAAGAACAUUUGUUACACGUCUUUGGGUUACUAUUCAAGAUCGAGCUGCGGAUGAUGAGGCUAUUCUACCUUCUCUACGAAAUAUCUUGGAUUCCAUGAUGAAGAAACUUACCAAGGCACUUAGUCCAAAGGCUACACAUGCUGCGCAGAUUUUAUUGUGGAAGAUCACAGAAGCAUUCUUUUCCCAGGGAAAAUAUCAGAUUGCUGGCUCCUGGUGUAGAAUAGCGCAACACUCCAUUUUUGACACGUCUGGAGGAUCAAAUAUAGCGAAAAUAUCCCGGAAAAUAAUCCUAUGCGCUCUUGAAAGUAAAGAUUUUGGAAUGGCUAUGGAAGCGUUCCAAGAGAUGCCUAAAGCAGCCCGUAAUGAAGUAUUCACCAGUUUCCUAAUGUUUAAGGUAGCAGUGAGAACUUCGGACAAAGACCUAGCUGUAAAAUGUCUUCAACAUCUGAGCGAAAGCAGCGACCCCGACAGACGUCUUCUCUACGGCUGUGCGUUGGAUGCGCAGGAGACAGGAAACCGGGAAUUAGCUUUAGUAGCACUUAGGCUGGUACUCGAUCAAAUUGGGCUCGUGGCACCCGAUAUCGGCCACAUACCCACGAUAUUAAGAUGUGCCAUUCGAUUAACAAUGGCAGAAAUCGAAGGCUCUAGAGAAGCUGAGGCAACAAUUGAAUCACUAUGCUUACUUUUAGAGAAGGCCGCGGAACAGGCAAAACGAUCAAGACAAAAACCCAGGACCUCUGAUAAACAUAUCGAAAUUGUUUUUACGAUCAAGGAAUUAGAUUGGUUCGCUCGGAACGCUUACAAUAUUGGUCUUCGGGGCAUUGUUGAGUGGUCUUCAUCUAGGAGCUAUAGGAUAAUUUCAGCUUGUAUCCGCUUCUUGGAACUGUAUCCGGAUGAUAUCGACGAGCCUACACUAGCUGAAGUUUCAUACAGAAGAUUACUAUGCAAUUAUCUUUGCGCUUGUAUUAGCAUAGAGCUAGCACGUGUUGAGGAUAACAUUGAGGCCCAGUUACAGCAUUAUCUAGUUUCCCGGCGGCACAUACAGGAUUUCCGUAGCAAAAACGAAACUGUCCGGAGUAAGAUAGAACAGGAAGCUGAAGAUCUAAGCCAGAAAUUUGGAAUUCUUCUGGCUUACGAUUUUGAAGCUGCAGCUAGGCUGAAAGACUGGGACACUCUCCGAAGCAUCGUGGAAGAGGCAGCGUUAUCCACCGACAAAGGCAUAUCCAUUUUCGAAAAGGUUACGGAUAUUUUGAUUAGUUGCGAGGCCCCUAGCAGGGUUAAGCUGAUAGUCAUGCAGGUCAUAUUGAACUAUACGGUUCCGUCUCCGAUGGCAGAUAUCGUGAAACUCUCAAGAUGGAUUAGGACUUUAGUGCAGCUAUCGAUUGCCAAGGACCCAAAAGUCACGGAAGCUUUGCUAGUUGAAGUUAUCGAUGUAACGAAAAAUAGAAGCGACGGGCAAAAGUACCCAAACGAUGAGAUUCAAUGGCUUACAGGUUUGCACAUUUCCCCGAUAGUUCAUGUUGAACACUAA